AUGGACCAAAAUUCAACCGCCGUCGAUGUACGUUCUUCAUCACCACGCAAUUCGCCCGGUUACUCCGAGCACCAGGCGCACACCACGGGUGUGGCGACGGAAACGGCGGGCACUAGCUCGUACGGGAGCCGCGACACGGCUCGCCGCUCGCUACUCGUGUCCAUGCGAGCCACUUCGACCGCCGACGAGGAUGCCUACACUGCCGCGGUGUCACUGAGCAGCACCUCACAUGAGUGGGCGUCAUCCAACGGCAAUCUCCACAGUAGCCAUCGGCUGCCGUCCAGGUCAGCCUGUGGCUGUGGUGGGGCGGGAGGCGGCAGCAGCCACCAAUCGCUUAGUGUCAACGGCACUUUCUCAGAGCGUGGAGCUCGCAUGUGGAACGGCAGCAACUGUGAUAGCAGUGGCGGCACUGCAGAGCAUCUGGGCGUGGAGGACGCAACUCUGGGGAAAUCGAGAACGUCGCACGCGGCUGCUGCUGCUGCUGCUGACGAUGCGCGCCCCGUGAAUCACUUCCACGCCCCGAACAAUUUCUCGCGGAGCGAGCGGUGCCGCCAUCACCACCACCACCACCACCAAGAUGUCGGAAAUGCUACUACUACCACUACGACUACAACUACAUGUAGUACUGGGAACAACAAUGUUGGUUCUUCUCAUUUCAGUCGUGGAUCGCCUUGCCUUGCAGCGCUUUGUGGCAACCCGCCGCAACAUCGUGGAGGGGCCUCUGCUUCUCAUUAUCAACAGCACCACCACAGCCAUCAUCAUCAUCAUCAUCAUCAUGUCGUUGUUGGGGCUUCCCGACGUUCCCACCGACGACGUGGAUUUGGUGCUGCUGCAGUGGAAGCGAUUCGCAGCCGGACCUUCACACGAGCACCUUCUCCGAAGCAAGUCACACUUUCCCCUUCGCUCAAGUGCCGCAAGCCACCUAUACGUGUUGGAAGCGUCAAUGAACAAGAGCAACGCCCAGGGUUCCAAGUUCCUUUACCACGCUCAAAAUCUGCUCUCUCCACCACUCAAGAUGCGUUGACACCAGGGGAUGGAGGGGAGGCGAUGAUAGCGCAUAGUACAGCGGGUUCUGAGUUUGGCAGCAUAAACGCAGGGGAGAACGGCUCUACUGCAUUCUUGUUAUCAAACAUUGCUCCUUUCUAUGAUUAUGCGAUACAACAGCUGAUUAUUGAAUGCGAGCGACGUGUGGCAAAUGCAUCGGAGCCAGCACCUUGGAUGACCAAUCGUCAGAAGUCGUGUAGUGUUCAAACGCAGCAAAAAUUAGAACAUUCUGUUAGCACACACUCGUUUGACAUGCAACCCCAACCUGUUACCAAGCAGUUCCAAACGUCUCCAUUACACUUGCCAUUUGCUGCACAUGUGCGAGCUCGCGAAGGGGAGGCAACUCCACAGCAGCAUGGCGAAUCAGGGGACUCAUCGUGCUCACCCAACGCAAUGGAUAUUUUGCGACGUGGAGAUGGUCGUCGCGAAGGCGAAGGACUUCCCACAGGAGUUACUGCUGGAAGCGGCUUAUUCACGUUCCUAUCAGAGGAUACGCCAGAGCUAGGAGCAACCUCUGCAAUGGUUCAGCAACUCAUCGAGUCCAUUGGGCUGCACAUUUCCUACGGUGAUGCCGCUCCAAUGGUGCUAAUUGGGGCCUUGGUCUAUAUAUCACGUAUCACAAUGCAGUCCACGUCGGAGUACUCUAGCGUGACAACUGCCAAUUGGUACCGUCUCAUCACGGUGGCUAUUUUGAUUGCAACGAAGAUGUACGUCGACGGCCCAAGACGGUAUAAUGAAAAAAUAGCCACUGCUGCUGGUCUCACGUUGAAGGAGAUGAAUAAGCUCGAGUUGGAUUUUUUGUUUCUUGCCGACUUUGAUCUAUUGGUUAAGGAGGAGGAGGUGGAGGCGUGGGCGGAGUGGAUGGAUUCUAUUGCGAGGCGACGUGACAUGGCCACACCGCUGCGAACGUUUAUUUUCGGAAAAUCAAGCUGUACUCCGUCCAACGCCACGACACCAUUGUCAUCAUUUGCGGGUGAUGACAUGUUUAUUCGUUCGGCUACGCAUAUCCCUUCAGGUAAUUGGCCAUCAACGCCCCUGUCCCUCACGCCGGCCAAUAUGACGCCAAAGAUUAAUGCGCACUUCUCCCCAGCAGUUUCAAAGGCCCCACGCUUUUCUCAACGACUAUCCAUGUCAUUUGCGCUAGACACGGUUGACAAGCCACCACGACCAGGAUCGCAGUUACAUAUUCCACUUUCGCCUCUUCCUGGAUGUGAGACACCAAACCUGUUUUUGCCGUCGCCGUUGCACAUCCCGCUGGCCCCACGCAAGGCAGAGCGGUUGUUCUCUGUUGUACAUGCGCCACAGGAGCCUCUGACGCCGCUGAGCCUGCGUCUGAUGUCGUUCUCCGUUGAUGCCGCGGGUCCACCACCGCUGACACCACCGGAGCAGCAACUCGCAUCACCUGUAAAGUUCUUUGAGAAGUCAUACCGCAUAGGGAAGGGCUGCAAUGACAGCACACACUCUCGGAAGGCAAAACAAGACGAGAAUACCCCAUUGAAGCGCAUGUACAAUGGUAAGAACCGCGGAAGGGACUUUGAUGGCAUGGUGGAGGAGGACGAGGAAGCAGAGGUUCAAAAAUCGCCACCACACCGUGUGCACACUCCGCUGUCUCCACCCAACGCACUCGCGGCUGCGCCACCCCCGCCUGGAUCAGAGCUCUAUGGACACCACCAUAAUCACAAGAACGUGAACACCAGCAAAAGCAGCCACGUCCAAAAAAAAAACAGCGGCGAGGCAGUUGCUGCAAGGGCGGCGCAGGCAACUUCUUGUCUUCUGCAGCCAAAGGCAGAGAUGGCAGCUGCCGAUUCGGGGGAUUUCCGCGCCCCUUUGCACUCGAGGAAAGGGGUGGCAGCUGAGCAGCACGCUAACGGAAACGGCGGGCGAUGGAAGCAGGUGGUGCUACAGGUGCGGGAGGUGCUUGGGGCGACGCGUUCGUUUGUACGCAGCACGCCCCUUAACGUCUUACAGAUGGACAACAAUGAGGGUGGCGCCGUGCCAGAACAUGUGCGGCGGGACGCCGGAAACUAUGAAUAUUAUGAGAGUGACGAGGAGGAUGAUCACGACGGCUUUGAGGAUGACUUCGAGGACGACAGGGACGACAUCUUUGCUCGUUGCCAUCGUCUGCCGACGCACUCGCCGCCUGUUUGA